AGACAUAGUAAGACGUUCCUGCAUAUCUAGUUACACACAGGUGGUGAGGAGAUUGCUUCUGAACUCCUGAUCAUUUCGAUUCACUUGGUUGGACCAGAUGCAUGGAGUUUAACCACUUUUGGUGAGCAUCAUGUCAGCAGUGACCAGUCAGCCUCUACCCUAUGGUCCACUUGAGCGAGAGAAGCACAUCCAGGGGAUCUUCAGGGCAUUCAAGAACCGAUGUGGCCCUUCCUGUGAGUGCCAGAAUCCCUCAGCUGGAGCCAAAGCCUGCCAAGUGCUUCCUGACAGAGAAGCUGAAGGACACAGUUCAGAUCUCAGUCCUCAGCUGAGGAACAUGUGCACACAGCUUCCAGUACCGGAGACAUUCGAGGUCAUGAAGCAGAACCUUAAAGAUGAAGCAGGAUUGCAGUUUUUGUCAGCAUUAGAGACAGUCAAGCAGAUAGAUGUGACCGUCAGACCUGAGCUGCUGGGCCCACAGUGUGUCUCCAGAAGGAUUUACAGCAUCUCCACAGGAAGUUGCAAGUCACAGAUGUUUGUGGCUGUGGAGGAGAGCUCCUGUGUGUGUCUCCAGUGCUGUGGUCCAGCCAGGGCCUGUUCACUGCAGGGUUAUGACUAUCAGGGAAGGCAGGUCUUUUAUUUUGAAAGGCCCCUCAGGGUAGAUGCCUGCUGCUUUGGCUGCUGCCUGAUGGAGAUUCGGGCAUAUACACCUCAAAAGCAUCUCAUUGGCACUGUAUGUCAGAGGUGGAGCAUGUUCACUCCUCUCCUGGAGGUGUGCGACUUGGAAGGAGCCUCAAGAAUUCAAAUCCAGGGCCCCUGCUGCCCGUGCCGCUGUUUUUCCAACCAACAGUUUCAGAUUGUUUCCAAGUUUGGAGAGCAAAUAGGUACGAUAUGGAAGAAAUGGCCAAGCUUCAGCGAUGAACGUAACAUGGAUCAUGAAUAUUUUGGGUUGGAGGUGACACAGAGUUUGGAGCCAAAUACUAAACUCCUGCUUCUAGCAGCUACUUUUUUACUGAAUCACAUGUUCUUUGAGAUGAGCUGAAAACUAAAAGACAUACAGAGUCUGCAGGAGAUGCACCGAGCUCUGGACAGUGACGGAAAAGGUUAAGAAAAAAUAAAUUUUACAGCAGUGGUUUAGUUUAUUUACCUCU